UGACAGAAGAUCACAUAGAAGGCAGCUCCGUGAAAGACAUUUUGGUAAAAGGUGAACCUUGAUGAUCCCAGUGAUCUGCGCACUGUUGAUUGUGAUAUUGUGAUUUUCCUGACAGGAAUGUGUGCUCUGCAUGCAAGCAGAAGGAAAGCAUUUGCUGAGCAAAAAAAAUCUGCUGUGUACCACUUCCUCAUAACAUCCACCUUACGGAAAUUGCCUGUGAUAGAAACAGAACGUUUUGACUCAGCAUACACAACUGGCACAGGUGUAUGAAAGAGUGACAGGACAACGAUAAUGAGACAUUGUGGCGAAAUGCUACUACUAGUGCGUGUUGAAGUUGUUGUUUGUACAGGAGGAUUUUGUAAACAUGGAUUUGAUGGAACGAUUGACACCGGAAAUGGAUAAAGAUACCAUAGUUAAGGAGGAGCCACACUGGAGGGACACCAUGUAUCUUAUUCAACUUUCCUCCCACUUAGGAGCAGGUGGGGACACGGUAGACAGUAAGCUCCAAACUAAAAGGACUGUUUAUUUAUUGUUUUUUCAUCCAUAUAUCCUGAGUGCAAUGGCCAGACGAAUAUCGAUUUGUAUUUGGCUGUUAUCUGUUGUGGACUCAUCUCAGAUGUCGAGCCAUCCCAUCAUUGGGAUUCUUGGAAAGUCCAUCAUGUUGCCUUGCAGCCUGAAUUCAUCUGCACCCGUUGUCCCAGCAAGACUCACACUCUACUGGACAGCAAGACUCAAGCACCAGAAGGAGGAGCAAGUGGUCCAUGCCUUAUACAACGGAGAAGAGAACAACGACCCCCAAUUUCCAGUCUACAAAAAAAGGACGCAAAUCUUCAAGGACCAGCUUUCUUCUGGGAAUUUCUCCCUCUUGCUCAAAGAUUUAAGGGUUGAAGAUGACCUCGCAACUUUUUUCCUCUUUUAUCAUCAAGAGGAUGGAGAUUACAACACAGUUAACCAAAACAAAGAGAUGUGCUUGACCACUGUGAAAGUAGCAAAAAGCUACCAUAAACCCAUUGUGACAGUGAACUAUGAAGAAUGGAAGGCAGAAUGCACUUCUCAGGGAGGCUACCCUAAACCUAGACUGACCUGGACCAAUCAGAACGGGUUACUAGACCCCGAGGUUCCUCAGAUUGUUCAGGAUGCAGGAAGUGGAACAUUGAACAUUUCUAGCACGGUGAACAUCACAGAGAAUCAGACUGUGACAUGUGCCAUCUUCAACCCGACUCUGAAAGAGACAUUGAACACCACAAGAUCAACAGGCGGGGAGCAGGCGGGCCUCUCGAGCGGCAUAAAAGCAGGAAUUGGUGUUCUGGCUGUUGCCGUGAUUGGGUCAGCACUGGUGUUAGUCUGCUGGAAAAAGCAUGCAACGGAAUGGUGGCCGAUACACAGGAGAUGAGCCCACUACGACAUAGCCUACUCCAAUGUGUGCUUACUACAAAGUGUUAAACUGGUAAUGUUGAUAAAAUAUUGAUCUAUAGAAUGUUUUUUUUAUCAUUGUUACCAUUUGGCACUUAAACCUUUAAUACAUUUUGAUCCCAGGAUGUGACUGAACACAGUGUCAUAGUGCUGUUAGGAACAAGGUCACUCAAGAACAGGCUUCUCUAGCUACUAAAAUACCUAACCUCAAUUUUGAUUGAUUAUUUGUUAGUACAGUUGAAGUCGGAAGUUUACAUACACUUAUGUUGGAGUCAUUAAGACUUGUUUUUCAACCACUCCACAAAUGUCUUGUUAACAAACUGUAGUUUUGGCAAGUCGGUUAGGACAUCUACUUUGUGCAUGGCACAAGUAAUUUUUCCAACAAUUGCUUACAGACAGAUUAUUUCACUUACAAUUCACUGUAUCACUAAUUUUUCCAACAAUUGCUUACAGACAGAUUAUUUCACUUACAAUUCACUGUAUCACAAUUCCAGUGGGUCAGAAGUUUACAUAUACUAAGUUGACUGUGCCUUUAAACAGCUUGGACAAUUCCAGAUAAUUAUGUCUUGGCUUUAGAGGCUAAUUGACAUAAUUUGAGUCAAUUGGAGGUGUACCUGUGGAUGUAUUUCAAGGCCUGCCUUCAAACUCAGUGCCUCUUUGCCUGACAUCAUGAGAAAAUCAAAAGAAAUCAGCCAAUACAUCAGAAAAAGAAUUGUAGACCUCCACAAGUCUGGUUCAUCAUUGGGAGUAAUAUCCAAAUGCCUGAAGGUACCACGUUCAUCUGUACAAACAAUAGUACGCAAGUAUAAACACCAUGGGACCACACAGCUGUCAGGAAGGAGACGUGUUCUGUCUCCUAGAGAUGAACGCACUUUGGUGCGAAAAGUGCAAAUCAAUCCCAGAACAAAAGCAAAUGACCUUGUGAAGAUGCUGGAGGAAGCAGGUACAAAAGUAUCUAUAUCCACUGUAGAACGAGUCCUAUAUCGACAUAACCUGAAAGGCCACUCAGCAAGGAAGAAGUCACUGCUCCAAAACCGCCAUAAAGAAGCCAGGCUACGGUUUGCAACUGCACAUGGGGACAAAGAUCAUACUUUUUGGAGAAAUGUCCUCUGGUCUGAUGAAACAAAAAUAGAACUGUUUGGCCAUAUGACCAUCAUUAUGUUUGGGGGAAAAAGGGGGAGGCUUGCAAUCCGAAGAAUACCAUCCCAACCGUGAAGCACGGGGUUGGCAGCAUGAUGUUGUGGGGGUGCUUUGCUGCAAGAGGGACUGGUACACUUCACAAAAUAGAUGGCAUCAUGAGGAAGGAGAAUUAUGUGGAUAUAUUGAAGCAACUUCUCAAGACAUCAGUCAGGAAGAUAAAGCUUGGUUGCAAAUGGGUCUUCCAAAUGGACAAUGACCCCAAGCAUACUUCCAAAGUUGUGGCAAAAUGGCUUAAGUACAACAAAGUUAAGGUAUUGGAGUGGCCAUCAUAAAUCCCUGACCUCAAUCCUAUAGAAGAUUUGUGGGCAGAACUGAAAAAGUGUGUGCGAGCAAGGAGGCCUACAAACCUGACUGUUACACCAGCUGUCAAAUGCCUAUGUGAUGCGGGUAAGACGGAGUUCGGCGCAGGACACAGAAAUGAGUAUUAACCGUUACUUUACUCAAAAACAAUAUUCCAUACAGGAGACAAAUAAUCCAGGUCACAAAUCGAGACAACCUGACAAUAACAAACACACACAAAUCCAAGGUGGUAACCAGAGGGUUAAAUAGGGAACAAUGAUUAUGGAAUGGAAACGAGGUGUGUAUAAUGAAUACAAAACAAAUAAAAAAUGAAACUGGAUCGGUGGUGACUAGAAAACAGUUGACGUCGACCGCCAAACGAACAAGGAGAGGGACCAACUUCGGUGGAAGUCGUGACACCAGCUCUGUCAGGAGGAAUGGGCCAAAAUUCUUAUAGUGGGAAGCUUGUGGAAGGCUACCCAAAAGGUUUGACCCAAGUUCAACAAUUUAAAGGCAAUGCUACCAAAUACUAAUUGAUUGUAUGUAAACUUCUGACCCACUGGGAAUGUGAUGAAAGAACUAAAAGUUUAAAUAAAUCAUUCUCUCUACUAUUAUUCUGACAUUUCACAUUCUUAAAAUAAAGUGAUGAUCCUAACUGACCUAAGACAGGGACUUUUUACUAGGAUUAAAAGUCAGGAAUUGUGAAAGCCAAAUACAUUUAAACUCAGGUUAAGGUGUAUGUAAACUUUCAACUUCAACUGUAUAUAUGUCACGUCUGGUCAAGGUGGGUGGAAUCAGGCGCAGAGAGCAGAAAUGCGAAUAAUCAAGUUUAUUCUCCAGUGAACAAAACAACAGUCAACCCAAAAGCAAGACAGGGUGAAAAAACAGCAAAACAGGGAAAAACUAAUAACCGGGAGAAAAAACAGCAAACACCGACAGACAAAACGAAAUGACAAAAAUAACAAUCCCGCACAAAACACAAGGGCGGGACAACCUACAUAAAUACAGAUACUAAUUAACUAAACAACACACAGGUGAAACCAAUUAGACAAAACCAACAGAUACACGAAAAAAGGAUCAGUAGUGGCUAAUAGGACAGUGACGACGACCGCCGAGCACCACCCGAAUGGGCAGGAGAGCCAACUUCGGCGGAAGUCGUGACAGUACCCCCCCCCCCUUGACGCGCGGCUCCCGCAGUGCGCCGCCACCGUCCUCGAGGAUGACCCGGAGGACGAGGUGCUGGGAGAUCCGGGUGGAUGCGGUGGAAAUCACUCAAGAGGGAAGGAUCCAAAAUAUCCCUCACCGGAACCCAGCAUCUCUCCUCCGGACCGUACCCCUACCAGUCCACGAGGUACUGUAGGCCCCCCACCCGGCGUCUCGAAUCUAGAAUGCGUCGAACAGUAUAAGCCGGGGACCCCUCGAUGUCUAGAGGGGGCGGAGGGACCUCAGGCACCUCACCUUCUUGCAGGGGACCAGCCACCACCGGCCUAGGGAGAGACACAUGAAACGAGGGGUUAAUACGGUAAUACCUAGGAAGUUGUAACCUAUGACACACCUCGUUUAUUCUCCUCAGGACUUUAAACGGCCCUACACACUGCGGCCCCAGCUUCCGACAGGGCAGACGGAGAGACAGGUUUCGGGUCGAGAGCCAGACCCUGUCCCCCGGUGCAAACACGGGGGUCUCACUGCGGUGCUGGUCAGCGCUCCUCUUCUGCCGCUCUCCCGCUAACCGUAAUGAGUCCUGAACGGCUUUCCAGGUGUCCUUGGAGCGCUGUACCCAUUCCUCCACCGCAGGAGCCUCGGUCUGACUCUGAUGCCAUGGAGCCAGGACCGGCUGGUAACCUAACACACACUCAAACGGAGACAAGUUAGUAGAGGAGUGGCGUAAGGAGUUCUGUCUAGUUCGGCCCAUGGAACAUACCUUGCCCACUCACCAGGCCGGUCCCGACAAUAGGACCGCAGAAACCUGCCUACGUCCUGAUUAACGCGCUCCACCUGCCCAUUACUCUCGGGGUGAAAACCUGAGGUUAAGCUAACCGAGACCCCCAGUCUCUCCAUAAAUGCCCUCCACACUCUUGACGUAAAUUGGGGACCCCGAUCAGAAACGAUAUCCUCAGGCACCCCAUAGUGCCGGAAGACAUGGGUAAACAAAGCCUCAGCAGUCUGCAGGGCCGUAGGAAGACCGGGCAACGGAAUGAGAUGACAGGACUUAGAAAACCGAUCCACAACGACCAGGAUCGUAGUACUUCCCUGGGACGGGGGAAGGUCGGUGAGAAAAUCCACCGAUAAAUGUGUCCACGGUCGUUGUGGAACGGGGAGAGGUUGUAAUUUACCUCUAGGCAGGUGCCGAGGAGCCUUGCUCUGAGCACACACUGAGCAGGAGGAGACAUAAAAUCUCACGUCUUUAGCCAGUGUGGGCCACCAGUAUCUCCCUCUCAGACUCUGCACUGUCCUCUUGAUACCAGGAUAACCCGAGGAGGGAAGAGUAUGAGCCCACCUAAUCAGCUUGUCCCUGACCAACCUCGGCACGUACUUGGACCCAACUGGACAGUUAGGAGGAGCCGGCUCUGAUCGUGAGGCCCUCUCUAUCUCAGCAUCCACCUCCCAUAUCACCGGUGCCACGAGACAUGACGGUGGAAUAAUGGGAGUUGGCUCUACUAGCCGUUCCUCGGUAUCAUAUAGGCGAGACAGUGCGUCAGCUUUAGUGUUUUGGGAGCCUGGCCGAUAAGUGAGGUUAAACUGGAACCUAAUAAAAAACAUGGCCCAUCUAGCCUGACGUGGAUUUAGUCUCUUAGCUUUCCGGAUGUACUCAAGAUUACGAUGGUCAGUCCAGAUGAGAAAAGGGUGUUUAGCCCCCUCAAGCCAGUGUCUCCACACCUUCAGGGCCUUGAUUACAGCUAACAACUCCCGGUCUCCCACAUCAUAGUUUCGCUCCGCUGGGCUGAGUUUGCUCGAAUAGAAAGCACACGGGCGGAGUUUGGAUGGCACGCCCGAGCGUUGGGACAGCACGGCUCCAACCCCAGCCUCGGACGCAUCCACCUCCACUAUGAAAGCUAAAGAGGGGUCCGGAUGCGCCAACACGGGCGCGUUGGUGAACAGCUCCUUCAGACGACUGAAAGCUCUAUCCGCCUCUGCUGACCAACGCAAGCGCACCGGUCCUCCCUUCAGCAGUGAGGUAAUGGGAGCAGCCACCUGACCAAAACCCCGGAUAAACCUCCGGUAGUAAUUGGCAAACCCUAAAAACCGCUGCACUUCUUUCACCGUGGUCGGAGUCGGCCAAUUACGCACGGCUGUAACGCGAUCAUCCUCCAUCACCACCCCGGAGGUGGAAAUACGAUACCCCAGGAAGGAAACGGACUGUUUGAAAAACUCACAUUUCUCCGCCUUGCAAUACAGGUCAUGCUCCAGUAGUCGCCCAAGUACUUUACGCACCAAAGACACAUGCUCCGCGCGUGUGGCAGAAUAAAUCAAAAUGUCAUCAAUGUACACUACCACUCCAUGCCCAAGCAGGUCUCGGAGAAUCUCAUCUACGAAAGAUUGGAAAACGGCUGGAGCAUUCUUCAACCCGUAUGGCAUGACGCAGUAUUCAUAAUGACCAGAGGUUGUACUAAAUGCGGUUUUCCACUCAUCUCCCUUCUUGAUACGUACCAAAUUAUACGCGCUCCUCAGGUCCAGUUUUGUGAAGAAUCGCGCCCCGUGAAAUGAUUCCAUUGCCGUAGCGAUGAGAGGUAGGGGGUAACUAAACCCCACUGUGAUGGAAUUUAGACCUCUAUAAUCAAUACACGGACGCAGACCUCCAUCUUUCUUCUUCACAAUAAAGAAGCUUGAGGAGACGGGUGAUACGGAGGGCUGAAUGUAUCCCUGUCCCAGCGAUUCGGAAACAUAUGUUUCCAUCGCAACUGUCUCCUCCUGGGACAAUGGAUACACGUGACUCCUAGGAAGUGCAGCGUUUUCCAGAAGGUUUAUCGCACAGUCCUCUCGUCGAUGAGGUGGUAAUUGGGUCGCCCUCCCUUUACUGAAAACGAUAGCCAAAUCGGCAUACUCAGAGGGAAUGCGCACGGUGGAAACUUGGUCUGGACUCUCCACCGAGGUCGCACCAACGGCAACUCCUAUGCACCUACCUGAACACUCCUCUGACCACCCCUUAAGAGCCCCCUCUCGCCAGAAAAUCACUGGGUUGUGUUGAGCUAACCAGGGAACCCCCAACACCACUGGAAACGCUGGUGAAUCUAUAAGGAACAGGCUAAUCUGCUCCUUAUGAUCACCCUGCGUUACCAUGUCCAACAGCACCGUAGCCUCCCUAAUUACUCCUGACCCUAAUGGUCGGCUAUCUAAGGAGUGCACGGGGAAAGGUCGAUCUAACGACACCAGGGGAAUCCCUAGCCUCAACGCAAACCCACGAUCCAUAAAAUUCCCAGCUGCGCCUGAAUCAACUAGCGCCUUAUGCUGUAGAAAUGGGGAAAAACCCGGGAAAGAAAUUAAUACAAAUACAUGACUGACAGGAAGCUCUGAAUGAGUUUGGUACUUACUCACCUGGGGUGAUCGAGCAGUGUUCUGCCUGUCCUCCCGACUCCCUGACGAGUUUCUCCAGCACCGGUCGGACGUGUGCCCUCGUCGACCACAACUGGUGCAGGAGAAUACUCCUCCUCCAGUCCUCCUUGACGCUGUACCUCCCAAAUCCAUAGGGAUAGGAUCUGGGGGGCUGGGGAUAGGAAACGACAGGACUUGAUCCGAACGCCCGCGAGCAGCCAGCAAGUUGUCGAGACGGAUAGCCAGAUCGAUAAGACCAUCGAGUGUGAAUGUGGUGUCUCGACAUGCUAGCUCCCUGCGGACGUCCUCCCUGAGACUACAUCUAAAAUGAUCAAUCAAGGCCCUGUCGUUCCGUCCUGCUCCUGCUGCUAAAGUCCUGAACUCAAGGGCAAAAUCCUGUACGCUCCUCGUCUCCUGACGCAGGUGGAACAGCCGUUCACCCGCCGCCCGACCCUCGGGUGGAUGGUCAAAAACAGCUCGAAAUCGGCGGGUGAACUCUGGGUAAUUAUCCUUAGCAGAGUCCGGACCAUUCCAAACUGCGUUAGCCCACUCAAGGGCUCGCCCAGUCAAGCAGGAGAUGAGGGCGCACACGCUCUCCUCUCCAGAGGGAGCCGGACGCACGGUAGCCAGGUAUAAUUCCAGCUGAAGAAGGAAACCCUGGCACCCAGCCGCCGAUCCGUCAAACGCCCCUGGGAGUGUCAGCCGAAGAGCCCCAGAGCCAGAUGAGGUCGCAGGAACAGGAGGUGCUGGAGAAGGGGUGGGUAAAGAAGAUGUGGGGAGGCCACUCCUCUCCCAUCGAUCCAUUCUCUCCAUCAUUUGGUCCAUAGCAGAACCAAUCCGGUGAAGCACGCUGGUAUGAUGGAGGACCCUCUCUUCCAUCGAUGGGAGAGGAGACGCUGCUGCUCCUGCUGAUUCCAUGGCAAGGUGCGGGAUUCUGUCACGUCUGGUCAAGGUGGGUGGAAUCAGGCGCAGAGAGCAGAAAUGCGAAUAAUCAAGUUUAUUCUCCAGUGAACAAAACAACAGUCAACCCAAAAGCAAGACAGGGUGAAAAAACAGCAAAACAGGGAAAAACUAAUAACCGGGAGAAAAAACAGCAAACACCGACAGACAAAACGAAAUGACAAAAAUAACAAUCCCGCACAAAACACAAGGGCGGGACAACCUACAUAAAUACAGAUACUAAUUAACUAAACAACACACAGGUGAAACCAAUUAGACAAAACCAACAGAUACACGAAAAAAGGAUCAGUAGUGGCUAAUAGGACGGUGACGACGACCGCCGAGCACCACCCGAAUGGGCAGGAGAGCCAACUUCGGCGGAAGUCGUGACAAUAUACUUCAUGUUCUGUUAAAAAAACACACAAAAAACACUUGAUCUCAGUUGAAGCUGACGUUUAUCUCAACGAGUAGCAACUCAAAAUACAAUGGAAAUAGAAUCACCAAAUCACCUAGUAUUUUCCGAUCAAAAACAUAUAAACAAAAUAGUAGAUAUUAGACGAUUAGUGAUGAGCACAACACAACACUUCAAUAUUCACCAACACCCAAAUAGGCCUGUCAACAUUAUUGCAGUGUUCUAUUCAUUUAUGCUGUCAUUUUGAUUUGUUAGUUUCCUCAGUUUUUUCAGGGACCCCUUGAAAGCUCAGUGCAGUCCCAAUGCCUCUGGUUAAGAAACACUGUGCCACUGUGCCAUGCUGAUGCUAUAGGGAGGAACAUAGGCAGGGUUGGUCUUAAGCACAUCUGCUUUGGGUUUUACAAUUCCAGUAUUAAGCCUGGUUGACAAAAAAAGUGCAAUGAUGUCAGUUGGUUUACCUUGGUUUAAUCAUGUUUUCUUUAUUAUUUUUAUGAUCCAUGACAAUGAAGGACUGAAAAUGUUCUUUAUGUUCUCUGUUACAUUCCUAUUCAUAUGCUUCAAAUAUUAUUGAAUUGUAUUAAUGGGGUUAUUCUUGUGUUUUUUACUUAGCUUUCUGUACAGUGGUAAUGGGUCAAUUUUAGUUAAACCAGAAAUGUUCAUUGAUUGGCAGCUACACAGAAUCUGAUAUGACUUGGAACUUAAUAAAUGACAAUGAUCUGAAACAAGACAUUUUGAAAUGUUGUACAAUACUACUAUCUAGAGGUUCUUUGUGUUUCAACAGUAAGAUUGCAUGCUAUGUUUUUUUCUUUUUUUUUACCUCAUUGAGCUUUAAACCAAUAAAAGAUUCCUCUUGA